AUGUCAGGUGAGACAGAGACAAAGCCUUACUUGUACAGGGACGUAAGGGAAUCUGAAUCCCCUUGUGGCUCCAUGUCUCACCUGCACCACAUGGGUGGGGCCUCUGAGGGGAGUGACAGCAGUCAUGACCCACCCACUUCUCCGAGACCUCAAACACAGAUGCAUGAGGACAUGGAGAUGGGCGGAAGUGGCUCUAGUGGAAGUGGCACAGAAUCUCACAGUAAUGAGUCUCACAGUAAUGAAUCACAUGGAAAUGAGUCUGUGGGGAGUUCCAGUGGAAAUGAAAAAGAUUCUGCAAUCAUGACGUCAUCAGGGAGUAACAAGAGCUCAAACUCUCAGAGUCUUUCCCCUCCCAGUAGCAACAAUGCGUUCAGCUUGGUCAGUUCAGAGCAAGACAACCCAUCAACCAGUGGCUGCAGUAGUGAACAGUCAGCGAAGGCCAAGACUCAAAAGGAGCUUUUUAAGACCUUAAAAGAGCUGAAAUAUCACCUCCCUACUGACAAACGUAGCAAGGGCCGGGCAAGCACAUUUCACACUCUCAGAUAUGCCCUGCGCUGCAUCAAACAAGUCAAAGCCAAUGAAGAGUACUAUCAGAUGCUUAUGAUCAAUGACAGUCAGCCCUCAGGUCUCGAUGUGUCCUCAUAUACUAUUGAAGAAAUCAACAGUAUUACCUCAGAAUAUACCCUAAAAAAUGCUGAUAUUUUUGCAGUUGCAGUGUCCCUGAUCACGGGAAAGAUCGUGUACAUUUCUGAACAGGCUGCAGGAAUUUUGAACUGCAGAAAAGAUGAGUUCAAAGACAGAAAGUUUGUGGAGUUUCUGACACCUCGUGACGUCAGUGUGUUCUACAGUUUUACAACACCAUACAGACUUCCAUCUUGGAGCAUGUGCACCGGAACAGACUCAUCAUCGACUGAGUUCAUGCAGGAGAAAUCCUUCUUCUGUCGAAUCAGUGGUGGUAAAGAGAAGGAGGGAGAUCUACAGUACUAUCCAUUCAGGAUGACUCCAUAUUUGAUGAAGGUUCAAGACUCAGAGCUCUCUGAGGAACAUUUCUGCUGCCUCAUACUGGCUGAGAGAGUUCACUCUGGAUAUGAAGCACCAAGAAUUCCACCUGAUAAGAGAAUCUUCACCACAACACACACACCAAACUGUGUGUUUCAAGAUGUUGAUGAAAGGGCAGUGCCUCUGUUGGGAUUUCUGCCUCAGGACUUGAUUGGGACAUCUCUUUUGUUACACCUGCAUCCCAGUGACAGACCUAUAAUGCUGGCAGUGCACCGGAAAAUUCUGCAGUAUGUCGGGCAGCCAUUUGAUCAGUCCUCAGUCCGAUUCUGUGUGAGAAAUGGGGAAUAUGUUACUCUAGACACGAGCUGGUGUAGCUUUGUGAACCCAUGGAGCCGCAAGGUGUCCUUUGUUAUUGGACGACACAAAGUUCGCAUGGGUCCGAUGAAUGAGGAUGUGUUUUCAGCUCCGGCUUUCACUGAGGAAAAGAUCAUAGAUUCAGAUAUACAGGAAAUUACUGAAAAGAUUCACAGACUGCUUCUACAGCCGGUCCACAGUAUGGGGUCGAGUGGUUAUGGCAGUCAUGGCAGCAAUGGUUCUUAUGAGCACCUGCUGAGCAUAGCAUCCUCUAGUGACAGUAAUGGAAAUGGAAACACAGCAAACGUUGGGAACAGGAUCAACGGAAAUACCAGUAAGGAGGAGGGCAAAAGCAAACCGAGGUCAUUUCAGGAGAUUUGUAAAGGGGUUCACAUGUUGAAAGCACAGGAGCAGCAAGGCUCCUCUUCCAAAGCAGAACAGAAAAAGUCUUUCGACACAGGGUUCAGGUCCCCUGUUGUAAAGCAGAAAGACUCUGCACUGCUGGUCAGAGAUGGACCUGCCACAAUGGAGGAACUCAAAGACCAUACAAUGUACUCAUACCAGCAAAUCAGCUGUCUAGACAGUGUCAUCAGAUAUUUGGAGAGCUGUAACAUCCCAAACACAGUAAAACGAAAGCAUCAGUUCUCCUCAAACACAACCUCCUCAAAUUCGGAUGAGGACAAAAUCUCCUCUGAUGCCAGUCUACAGCAAACUGAUGGUAUGGAAGCACAAUCUUCUAUGUCUAUAAAGACCAAUGAAAAGACUCCAUCAGGUCUUGCCCCAAGUCGUGUUGUCGAAGGGCCUUUAUCUCCUUUGGACCUGCCCAGCAAAGCAGACAGUGUGGUUUCUCAGUGUUCCUACAGCAGCACAAUUGUACAUGUGGGAGACAAAAAAACACAGCCAGAAUCAGAGAUCAUUGAGGAUGCUUCAGAAAGCCCAGCCCCUUCUGCAUCGGUUAAUGUGAUUUCCCCACCCACAGUGGAGCAGGAAGCCUAUAAGAAGCUGGGACUGACAAAACAGGUGCUGGCAGCGCACACACAGAAGGAAGAGCAAGCAUUUCUCAGUCGCUGCAGAGAACUUCGGAAUGGUCAAGCCCUUCACAAGAAUUGCUCACCUAGCGCACAAAGAAACCGACAACAGGCUGCCGAGGGAGCUCAUGGAUCCAAAGCAGGAGCGGGUUUCCCUGUUACAGAGGAAACCACCAAAAAAAGCUGGCGCACCAAAAAGUCAAGAAAGAAACCACGCACAAAACAUCCUGAUUCAUCAGAUAAUGCUGCGUCUCAGCACAGACCUCUCCCACCCCUGCAGGGUUUAAACCAGACAUCUUGGUCCCCCUCCGAGGCAUCACAGUCUGGGCCUUCAGUUCCAUUUCCAACUGUGGUUGCAGGAUAUCCUCUCUACCCUGUAGUUCCGUCUGUUGCCCCACCCCAAGCCCCUACAGGAGUAGCAGAGUCCCAGAGCACUCAGGCCACGCCCUCUGCGGCAACAUAUCCUAACCCAUUAGUCACACCAGUUGUAGCAUUGGUUUUGCCCAGUUUAAUGUUGCCACAGAUAGACACAGCACCUCGCUCUCCGUUCUGUGCUGACACUCAGCAAUCCUACAAUUCUCUCUUUCAGCCCCAGCAAGCCUACAAUAUCCAGCAACCCUUGCAGACUCAACAAGCCUACACUGGCCAACAAGCAUUUCAGCCACAACAAGCCUACAACACCACGCAGCACCUUCAAAACCCUCAAAGCUGCAGUACCCACCAGUGCUUUCAGACCCAUACCUCCUUCACUUCCCAGCAGCCAGCAUUUACACCCCAGACACAUUUUCAGUAUGGAAUGGCAUCUGACCCCAAACACUCCAUCAUUGAGUCUACAGAGUGUGCUUCUCCUUUGCUACCCCCUCACUCCCCCCCACUGUUUGAGUCUCGCUGUAGUUCUCCAUUGCAGCUGGACCUGCUUCAGAUGGAGGAAAAACAGGACUCUCAUACCUUAGCACCCCAGUCCAGCACCCAGGGUAAUUGCACUUUAGUACAGGACAAAAACAACACAUCCAUCAAUAGGACGACUUCUGCAAUGGAUGACUUACAGCAGGCAUGUUGUUCAGGGAACUCCUCAUCCAGCAGCGUGUUGGAAAUAUUGUUGCAGGAGGACUCUCAUUCCGGCAUGGGCUCUGCCAUGUCAGCAUCUACUGGCUCCACAUCCAAUGACUACAAUACCUCUAAUAGUGGAACAGGAAGCAACACAAGCAAGUAUUUUGGCAGUGUGGACUCCUCAGAGAACAAUCACAUAAUAAAGGAACAGGAGGAGAAUUUUAAGUAUGUUCUUCAAGAGCCUGUUUGGAGACUUACGGCCAAUGAUGAUGACUGUGUCAUGAUGAGCUAUCAAGUGCCAUCAAGGGAUAUGGAAAAGAUUCUGGGGGAAGAUCGGGAGCGUUUAAGGCGCAUGCAGAAGAACCAGCCCCGUUUCUCUUCAGAACAGCGUCGAGAACUGAUUGAUCAGCACCCCUGGAUGAGGAGAGGAGUGUUACCUAAUGCCAUCAAUGUCAUGGAGUGUAUGUACUGCGAGAAUGAUGUCUCUGCCCCACUAGAAGAAGACUUAGCCGAUAUGGAGUUGGGCAUUUUGGGAGGAGAAGUGGUACAAGAUGGAGGAGGGUCUCAUUCAAUGCAAGAGGAGCAACCUAGUGUAUAAUUUGAAAACUUUCCACUCAUCUCAGCCAGCAGAGGGCAACAGAACCUUUCAGGUCCCACCUGUACACACAAAGUAAAAUUGUCUGGGGGUAUCUACUCUGAUAUCCUUUGUCAUUUUAAAAGAUUAUGAAUGUGUUUAUUUGUGUGUGUGUGUGUGUGUGUGUGUGACACAAAUUUGUUUAAUGACAUGGGUAUGACAGAGGUAUUACAAUUUGAAGGUGGUUUAUGAGGACGCUGCCUUAUGUCUCCGUAAUUCAAAAGGCUUAAAAAACAUACUAAAUGGUGUUUUUUUUGAAAAUCUAAAAAUGCUAAUCUAAAAAAGUUUCCUGUAAGGGGUAGGUUUACCUGUAGGGUUGGUGUAGGGCAAUAGCACAUACAGUUUGUACAGUAGAAAAACCAUUACGCCUAUGGAGAGUCCCCGUAAACCACAAAUACCAACGUGUGUGUGUGUGUGUGUGUGUGUACACAAAAGUAUGCCAGGUAGCUGACUGAUUAACCCAAAGAUGCUGUUCAAAUGUGCAAAUUCUGAUUGGAACCGCUGCCACAUGGACCUAACCUGCUCAGUGGUUCUGUAUCUUUAUAGUUUUUCCAAUUCACUUGUACUGUUUGAAUAUGUAGCUACAGCAAUGUUUUCCUCAGUGGAUUGAUGCUCUGUGCGGAAAUUGCCAGAUUAUGUUCGUACCAGCUAACAGUGGAAUGAGGUGUAGAGCAUCAUAAAUAAAUUAACAAAGUAUGUUUUUCAUUAUGAACACAAGUCCUAUUAUGAACACAACAGUAUAUGGGCCAAUACGAAUGCAUUUUGCUAAAAAUCAAAACCAGGAAAUGAAACACCGCCAUACUGUAUAUUUGGGGACCAUUCCAGCCAAAUAAGCUGCUGCCAAUAACCCGUGACCAGUCUAAUCUUGUUGCAGGGCCCUUGUGUCAUUUUGUCAGAGGACAGCAAGUAUUUGUUGCAUGUCUUCAGGGAUGUGCAAUCAUGGAAACUAAUAUUUUUGUAGAUGUAUUUUGUAAGUCAUUUCUUCCUUUCUCUUCCCUUCUUUCAUGUCUUCUUUUGGCUAUUCAUAUAGUCACCAUGCAGUCAUUCAACAAGAUGUCAGGGCACUAGUUCUCUGAGUAGAGGAAACUAGCUUUAUUAUGUGUAGCAUUCUGUAAAAGGUCUGAAGCUGUUCCUAUACCUGAAAUAAUAUAUAUAUAUUUUUUUUCUUCUAUUAUCUGAAAUUCAAUGUACUACCGAGUGUACUUCAUGGCCAGUAGUGCUGAAGCAGGAAAAUUGGAACUGGCUUUUUCUGAUUUGUGAACUAUUGAAUCAAAAGACUGAAUGACAAGCUGAAAAAGAAGUGGUGACUGCAUAAUAUUUAGUAUAUUCAAAUUUGUUUGAUAGUCUUUAUAAGCAUGUCAGUUGGUGUGUGUCUGUAUUUUUCAUCUUUCUUUUUUCAUAAAUGUAGUAAAAUAAACAUGUCACUUUAUUCAUAGCUUUUAAUAAUAAAAAGAUGAUAUCUA